GGGAAAACCUAACGGCGUUAGGGUUCCGUCCAUAGUAAGGGUAUCUUGAGCUCAAAUACCAACCUCAGGGGUAUUUGAGAAAUUCUCCAAAUGUAAAGGAUAAUUUGGGAAUUAUGCCAAAUUUCAGGGAUACCUGAGGAAAUUUCUCAAUUUUUUUUUGUUAGUGAAAGGAUAGACUUUAAAAAAGAAAAAGGGAAAACAAUGAAAUAAAAAGAAAAAAAGAAACGUUGAAAAGAAAAGUUGUAACCCUAACUCUCUGUUCAAACCCAAAAAAACCCAUCUCCCCUACAUGUUACAGAUUCCAGAUUCCAUUCCAGUACUUUACUCUAUUUAAAAAGUUCGAUAAUUUCGUAUUUGCAGCAUCAAUUCAAGUUAAUUUCGAGGGAACAAAUCAAAGGAUAUUUUCGGCGAUAUAUUGACAGUUGAUUGAUUAUCUAGUGCAUACAGCAGCCAGCUGUUAAAAUGCCUAAAAAGAAGUCUUCGAAGACAUCCGGUGUCACAAAAGAAGAGUCUAAAGAUGUACAAGAAAAACCAUCUACUGGUCAUUCAAAAAAGGCUGAUGGAAUUGAUGAGUCUGAGGCUGUACCAGAAGAACCAUCUACUGCAAGUUUAAAAAAGGCUGAUGAAAUUGAUGACAUUUUUACAAGCCAAAAGAGGAAGAAGGCCGAGCAAGAAAAAUCUGAAAGAGCUAGAGUCAAAAAUGAAAAAUCAAAGAAGAUAAAGAAAAAGAAGCGUAUCCCAAAAGAGACUGAACCAUUUAACUCUGAUUCAAAGCCUAGAAGGAGAACAAACGACGGGCUCGCUAUUUACUCAGAGGAAGAGCUGAGGAUUAACAAGCAAGAUGCUGGUAGCAGUGGCCUUUGCCCAUUUGAUUGUUCUUGUUGCUUCUAACAUUUAACUCUUGGAAAUUCAAUUAAGAAGGUUCUGUACUUGUAGAAUUUCGAAUGUGAUCCAGUUUUGUAAUUUUCAUGUUGAAGGCUCAAAGCUAUAGGACACAUCAACACCUGUUAGAGCAAUACUGAUAUAGGAAUUGUUUGCUGUAUUGGCUUUGGGAUUUUUUUUUUCUUUUACAGGAGGCUUUGGAAUGUUGAACAA